AUGCGAGUGGUCCCAGUUUUCUUGGUUUUCUUGUCUCUCCCUUGUUUUUGUGGAUCAAAGAAUGCAGCAUCUAAUGCUGAAGAAAACCAGUUUCAGCUGGUUGAGCCUGCCAAGCCAGCUGAGCAAGACACGUACCUCAUAGGAGAAUGCUUAAGCAACCGAUACACGCACAAGUCCUGUCAGAAAGUUUUUUGUCACCCGUGGGAACGAUGUGUGGAGGGAAAAUGCCUUUGUAAGCUUCCUUACCAGUGCCCAAAGAACGGCUCUUCAGUUUGUUCUACCAAUGGAAAGUUCUUCCAUACUUACUGUCACCUAAAGAGCUAUGAGUGUCGAUAUCCCGCAGCAAAGUUUCUGCACAAGGGAGAAUGCAUGUCUGAAGAAACAUUUUCAAUCUCCGUGGGCCAUGGAGAUUCAAGUUUGCUUCGAGUAAAACCUGUGAAUCAGAACAAUGACAUUUUUGUAUGUGAUAGUGAGUGGACUAUGAAUGAAGCAAACGUGGCUUGCAAGCACCUUGGCUUUGAAUUAGGUGCUGAAUAUUACAAAGCCACUUCCAGCAUCACAGAAUCUGCCUUAAAUUCGUUGCACUGCCUGCAAAUAACUUGCAGGGGCCUAGAGACAAGUCUUGCUGAAUGUCACGUAGAGAUGAAAUCAAGAGACAGCAAUGAGGGACUUGUUAGCCUCCAGUGCUAUGAAAAUCUCAGAGCUUGUUCAGAUGGUGAGUUUCAUUGUGUCAACAAGAAGUGCAUUUCUCUGAAUAAAACCUGUGAUGGAAUCAAUGACUGUGGAGACCUAAGUGAUGAACUGUGCUGUAGAGAGUGCAGAGGCAACAGUUUCCACUGUCGGUCAAAUAUCUGUAUUCCAAAUAAGAAUGUCUGUAACAAAGAAGUUGACUGCCUCACAGGAGAGGAUGAAGCUCGAGUUCUCUGUGCAGGCAAAGACAAAGGUGCUGAAAAUCACAGUAUGGAUGAAGAGAGAAAAAUGAUAAAGACACGUCUUCCCCAACUACACUGCGGUCUUACAAAUCACACAUUAACUCGACGGAAAAGAAUUGUAGGUGGAGAGAUUGCAAAAAAGGGUGAAUUCCCUUGGCAAGUGGCAAUUAAAGAAACUGGCAGUGAAGGUGCAACAGUGUACUGUGGAGGGGUUUAUAUUGGUGGCUGUUGGGUUCUGACUGCUGCACACUGUGUCAGGGCAAGUCGAGUUAAUCUGUACCGUGUCUGGGUUGGACUGUUGCAUACAAUACUGUACGACAGAGAGACAGAUACUUUCAAAGUAAAAAAAGUGAUAAUCCAUGAAAAUUAUAAUGCGUCAACUUAUGAAAAUGACAUUGCUCUGCUGGAGAUGAAAGAUUUUGGGGGAGAAGAAUGCUUCCUGAAGUACAGCACACCUGCCUGUAUCCCCUGGUCAGAGUAUAUGUUCCAUGCUGGUGACAGAUGCAAGGUUUCUGGAUGGGGACUAGAGAAAGGUUAUACCAAACAAUAUAUCCUCAAGUGGGGCAAUGUUAAUUUAUUUCAGAAUUGUUCUGAAUUGUAUCCAGGACGAUUUUUUAAAAAAAUGGCAUGUGCAGGUACUUAUGAUGGCUCCAUAGACAGUUGCAAAGGUGAUUCAGGAGGACCCUUGGUCUGUUUUGAUGCAGAAAAUGUGGCGUAUGUCUGGGGUAUUGUGAGUUGGGGUCAGAACUGCGGGGAGGCUGGUCACCCUGGCGUCUAUACAAAAGUCGCCAGCUAUUAUGACUGGAUUAGCCAUCACGUGACAAGGAGUCUCAUUUCACGGUAUAAUAUCUGAAGCUCGGAAAAUUAAAUACUUCCUUCUUAUCACCCAUGCAGAAAUGAACACUAGUCCUUUUUUACAAUCAGCAGCCCUGUCACUUAGCAACAAUUAGUA